GGAAGUUCUUCAGGUUGUUCUAUGGUGUCUGCAUCUGGUGUCCAUCACGAUCAAAACACUGUCCCAUCCGCGCUGCGUGCCCGCGCUCUUCAGCAUGAGCCGAAAAAGAAACCACUGCUACAUGGAAACAGGCCCGUCCUCCGAGUCCCAGGGCGCGUUCAUUGACAACACGGGCUCCUUCAGCCGAGACGACGAGGAUUUCUCCGAGCUCGAGCCCGACGAGCAGCUGGUGUGCUCGGUAACCGAGAUCACGGAGCACCUGGGCAGGAACAUCACGGUGGUGCUCGAGUCCGCGCUGUCCGAGAUACGCAAACUGGUCAGCGUCCGGAUCCGAGUCCUGAAGAUGGAGCUCCGCGAGAAAACCGACGAGAUCGAGCUCCUGAAGGCCAAGCUGGAGUCGACGGAGAAAGACGGGAGGGUUUCCAACUCCAGCAGCCUGGACGCCAGGAAACCAGAGCACCAACCGGUCCAGAAACACAGCGCCGACCCGAAGAAAAGCAAACCCGGGACGCCCGUGGUGAAGAAGGAAAACAUCAACGCCAUCUGCGACUAUCUGAUGAAGGACAAGAACCAGCGGGGCGCUGCUGAAGUGGAGAGCGACCACAGCAGUCAGGCCUUCGGGUCCGACGCGCAGCCGCACGCGUCGCUGAGCCUGUGGACGGACAGCGGGUCCGCGGACACGGACGCCGACGCGGACAUCUUCAACAUGCUGCCCUCGGCCAGCAAGCGCUUGUAUGACUACGAGUGGAUGGCAGGGGUCGAGCUCAACUCAGGCGAGUUUAAAGGUGAUGCUGAAACCAAAUGCGAGGACGUUCCCCCUGUGGGUGAGGAUGAAGAAAAUGAAGACUCUGAAGGAGGAAGAGGAAGUCUGAGGUCGGUGUCUGAUCAUUUUCCUCUGGACACUCAGGGCUCCCCUCGAGAGGACAGGAGCAGCCCAGCGGAGGACAGUAUGGACCGAAUGGAGCCAGGCCAGCAGUUCUCCUCUCACACCUUCAUCUGCCCCUACUGUGGGACCCUUUGCCCGGACUCCUCUUUCCUGGAGGAACACGUCAAGCUGGUGCAUCACGAGGAGAGCGCUCUCCAGUCUCCGCCGGGCAGUUCUUCCUCUCGCGGGGAGGGCGACUCGGGCGAGGCGGGACGAGCUCCGGGAGGCCCGGAAGGAGUCGCCGGCAGGGGCGCGCGGGAGAAGAAAGUGGAGGGCGGCUACGAGUGCGGGGACUGUGGCCGGCAUUUCAACUAUCUGGGAAACUUGCGGCAGCACCAGCGCAUCCACACCGGCGAGAAGCCCUUCGUUUGUCCCGAGUGCGGAGAGCGUUUCCGGCACGCCGCGCGUCUCAAGAGCCACCGCCUCAGUCACAGCGGAGCCCAGAGCCCCUUCCCAUGCCCGCAGUGCGGUAAGGGCUUCCCAGUGCUGUCCGGACUGAAGCGGCACCAGCGUGUGCACACGGGAGAGAGCCCGUACGCCUGUCCCCAGUGCGGCCGCAGGUUCAAAGAGCUGGGCAACUUAUACACACACAUGCGCAUUCACAGCGGCGCUACGCCAUACACUUGCUACCAGUGUGGGCGGAGCUUCAGGCACCUGGGCACAUAUAAGAGUCAUCGCUGUCUGCCCGCCACCCAGUUACCCAGCGGACACAGUCCAGCGUGGGCGCAGGAAGACAAGGUGCAAACUGGGUGAUAGCCAGGUGA